ACUAAAGUUUCACUCCUAUUUACUCAAUGUUGAGUCUCUUAUGCAGUCAAAGAUGGCGGAGUCUGAAGAGCCUAAAACAUCCUGCAAGUUUCUUUUUAAGAAAUCAAACAAGAAAUUUUCGGCACGGAAGAGAAAUGCUAGUGACAGCGAUAAAGACAGAAGCAGCGACGAAGGAGGCAGUUCUGUGGUCAGAAAGAAGAAAGCUGCUCUUGCGAAUCCCAUGAUUCAAAAAACAAAGAAAGUCGAGAGGGAAGCAGUUACAUCAAGUGAAAGUGAAGAAGAAAAAGAGGAAAAGAGUGUGACUGUGGCUUACAAGUCUACUCGGUCAGCGAAACCAGAAGGACCAGAUGACAUGGGUGCCACUGCUGUUUAUGAGUUAGACACAGAGAGAGACAAAGACGCUCAGGCCAUCUUUGAACGCAGCCAGAAGAUUCAAGAGGAACUAAAUGGUAAAGAUGAUGAUAAGAUUUAUCGUGGCAUCAACAACUAUCACAAAUUCAUUAAACCAAAAGAUUCCACUAUGGGCAAUGCAUCCUCUGGUAUGGUCAGGAAAGGACCAAUUAGAGCCCCUGAGCACCUCAGAGCCACAGUGCGGUGGGAUUACCAGCCUGACAUUUGUAAAGAUUAUAAAGAGACUGGUUUCUGUGGGUUUGGAGACAGCUGUAAGUUUCUUCAUGACCGCUCCGACUACAAGCACGGCUGGCAGAUCGAGCGAGAGCUUGAAGAGGGAAGAUAUGGUGCAAAUGAUGAGGAGAACUAUGAAGUGAGCAGUGACGAGGAAGAUUUUCCCUUCAAGUGUUUCAUCUGUAGAGAGUCUUUUAAAAACCCCAUUAUUACAAAGUGCCGGCACUACUUUUGUGAGAGCUGUGCUCUCCAGCACUACCGGAAGUCGAAGCGCUGUUACGUUUGUAACCAGCAGACCAAUGGAGUUUUCAAUCCUGCCAAAGAGCUCAUGGCCAAGAUUCAGAAAAGCCAGGCAGCUGCUGACCAGCCUCCAUCAGAUGAGGAUGACUAGCACCACAUAGCAUUCCCAACACCAUCCUGCUUUUAUUGUAGUGUUUCAGCUUCCCUGAGAUGUACAUGUUCAAAACUUUUGAAAUAAACAUGUUUGUUUUUCCCUUUGUA